UUUCUGUUUCCAAUUCAGUUUUUUUUGUUUAGCUGGACAAGAUUUAGCUAGACAACGUAAACAACCACAGAGUCAUGCUCAUUCAUGAAAUUCUAUUUGUGUGGUCAAGAGAGAAAACAAAUAAUCAUUUGCAGAUCGUUCAACUUUGUUUCCGCUUUUUUUUUAAAUUUGUUAUGGUUUUCGUUGGAACAGAGUGCUACUUGGGUAAUUCACAAUAGCGGCAAGGAAUUUGACAGUUGGUUUGGUGCACAUAACCUCAAAAUUUCAACGUCACUAUAAAUAUGUGUUUACAAACAAUCUGUUGAUCGCAUAUUAUUUCUAUGUUACGCUGGAAUAUCAUCGUUCGUUAUAAUCAAUUAAGUGUGAAAUGUGACAAAUCAUUUGUGAAUGUGCGAAAUUAUUGUAAAACAUCGGGAGCAAUAAUGAAAUAUUUGAAUGUUGCUGAGAAAAAUGAUGCGGCAAAGUCGAUUGCUGCACUUCUGUCAAAUGGCAAUUCAAGACGCACAGAAGGUUUAUCGCCAUUCAACAAACUCUAUUCAUUUCAAGUGAAUUUCAAGGGAGCCCAGACAGACAUGGUGAUGACAUCCGUAUCUGGUCAUUUACUAUCAUACGAUUUCAUCGAUGUAUACAAACAAUGGCAAUCAUGUGAUCCGAUCAGCUUGUUUGAUGCCCCCGUCGUCAAAUUGUGUCCAGAAAAUUAUGUAAAAAUCCAAAAGACGUUAGAACGUGAGAUUCGAAGUUGUCACGGCUUGAUUGUGUGGACGGAUUGCGAUCGAGAAGGAGAAAAUAUUGGUUUUGAAAUCAUUGACACAUGCAGAGCAGUCAAACCAAAUAUCAAAGUGUUUCGGGCUCGAUUUUCGGAGAUCACAUCGGCCGCUAUAUAUCGUGCAUUGAACAAUGUGUGCGAGCCUGAUAUUCGACAAAGUCAAGCUGUCGACGUUCGAACAGAGCUUGACUUGAGAAUUGGAGCGGCAUUUACACGGUUUCAAACUUUACGAUAUCAACGCGUUUUUCCAGCUAUAAUUGAAAAAAGGCUCGUUUCAUACGGCAGCUGUCAAAUACCAACAUUGGGAUUUGUGGCACGCCGCUUCAACGACAUCGAAAAAUUCAUACCGCGAUCAUUUUGGAAGCUAAAAUUAACGCACACAUUGAACGACUUAACAGUGGAAUACAACUGGGAUCGACAUCGAUUAUUUGAUAAAAACAGUUGUGAAGCAUUUUUGAUGAUAUGUCAAAGUGGACCCACCGCCAAAGUGGUGGAAGUAACACAAAAACCGAAAAAUAAAUGGCGACCUCAAGCGAUGGAUACAAUUGAAUUGGAAAAGCUUGGAUCCCGAAAACUAAAACUGAGCGCCAAGGAAACGAUGACAAUAGCUGAAAAGCUAUACAGUAAUGGUAUCAUCAGCUAUCCAAGAACUGAAACGAAUAUGUUUUCCGGUGACAUUGAUCUUAAAAAACUGGUAAAUAAUCAUUUAAAUCAUCCAGAUUGGGGCAAUUUUGCACAGAGAGUAAUUGAUUGGAGUCCAAAUCCUCGAAAUGGCAAAAAAUCGGAUCAAGCGCAUCCACCGAUUCAUCCACUGAAAUUGGCGACAGAUUUGCAGGGCAAUGAGAAACGCGUAUACGAAUUAAUUUGCCGUCAUUUUUUGGCCUGUGUGAGUAGAGAUGCAACUGGUUCUGAAACGACAGUAAAAGCAGUCAUUGCAAACGAACAGUUUACAGCAACUGGUCUCUGCAUUCAUGAGAGAAACUAUUUGGAUGUGUAUAUUUAUGAAAAGUGGAAUUCGAAAGAGAUUCAUAACUAUCAGGUGGGCAACACAUUCGAACCGACCGAACUAUCGAUGCCGGAAGGUUCCACAUCGCCACCGAACCUACUUACUGAAGCUGACUUGAUUGCGCUUAUGGACAAAAACGGAAUUGGAACAGAUGCCACACACGCUGAACACAUUAAUACCAUUAAAACAAGAGGUUAUAUUGGAGAAAUUGAAAAUGGUUACUUGGUACCGGGUACUCUCGGAAUGGGUUUGGUUGAAGGAUAUGACUCAGUUGAAUUGCCACUGGCUUAUCCUGAAUUAAGAGCAGGACUUGAAAGAGAUUUGAAAAGUAUUUGUACCGGUCACCGUAGACCAGACGAAGUGCUGCGAGAACAAAUUGAGAAAUACAAAGAAGCAUAUCGCGUAAUAACAGACAGAAUAGAAGCGAUUGAUGCUUCACUAGCAAACAGAUUACAAGCAGUGCCUCAAGCAGCACCAGCUGCAAAUAUGUCGGUGCCAACCAUUGAGCCAAUUUUCAAGUGUCCAAAAUGUAAUAAGUACUACAUGUGCUUGAGAGCAAAGAAAGACAACAAUGGAUUUUUCUUCACUUGUAUGGGCAAACCGGAAUGUACUCAUGUCAUAUGGCUGGCCGAUGUGAUUAAGGAAAUUAAAAUCGAAAACAAUGAAUGCAACAAAUGCAGAAAUGGCAACAAACAAAUUGUGAUAAAAUUUAAGAGUAAUAAUAUGUUGGCCAUGCUCAAUCCAUCACUCAUUGAUGACAACGAUCGAUCGUAUAAAAGUUGUAUUUUAUGCGACAGCAGUUUACGUGUUAUAUUAGAUAUAAAUCCGUCAAGUCUUCGAGGAGAACCAAAUCCAGCAAAUCGAAGUCAAAUAAAUCGAACAACACCAACAAACCCAAGUACUUAUGCACAACCACAAAAUAAUCAACCGCCAAGCAAUAGACCGCCGUUGCCUAAUCCACAACAAAAUCAGACAUUCAGAAGUCCAGGAAAUGUUAAGUGCUCAGGAUGCAAUCAACCGGCAAUAUCAUUGACAGUGAAAAAAGAUGGUCCGAAUAAAGGUCGACAGUUUUACAAAUGCCCAAAGCAACCGGCCUGUAACUUUUUCGAAUGGGCAGAUGCAUCACCACAAAACACAUCAUUCGCAGGACAACGAUUUGGUUCUGGAGGCGCAAGCACGUCAACCAGCAAUGUUACACGAAAUCAAGGUGGAACUGGUCAAGGCCAAGCUCAAGCACGGAAACGUAAAUGUGGAAAUUGCAAACAGGAAGGGCACACACGGGUUAAAUGCCCGCGGCUAAAUCAGUUUAAUUAUUAAAAAGAAUCGAUCCAGUUUUUAUUAUUAUACCAGUUGUAUAUACAGUCAUUUUUGAAAAAAAAAUCUCGUCGAAGUUAUACCGAAUGUUCGUAUUUGCUCUGAACUGUCAAAUACAUGCAGCAGAUUAAAAUUUGAUUUAAUUGUUAUUAGAAUAAUUUUCUUAAAUAAACAGUUGAUAGAUUCAAUGGAAUAA